AUGUCUACCAGCGCUGUCACGCAGCUGUGGCGCGGACAGGCAGUAUAUAUUCGGUCACUCUUCGAGGCAAACAAGGAUGUGCGCGAUCCUCGCCAGCAAAAGGUACUCCUGCGUGAGACUGAGAAACUGCUAGAGAACUGGAAGCACCCUGAUCCCUACAGAGCGCCUACUGCCCCUGGUGGUAUGUUCUCGAACUUUUCCAAAGCCAUGAUCUCGGACCGGGCACUGAUUAUCUUUCCAGGCAAUAAAUAUGAGCGGAACCUCCCUACACGCAUACUGCCUUAUGCCUCGGGCAGCCAUUAA